AUGCUCCUGCUGUCGUCUCGCAGCGCGCUCCUGUCGGUCUACUGCCCGCAGAUCUUUCUCAUCCUGUCCAGCGGCAGCUACCUAGCGCUGUCCUCCGUGGUGGCCCUGGGAGCUAACAUCAUCUGCAACAAGAUCCCUGGCUUGGCCCCGCGGCAGCGCGCCAUCUGCCAGAGUCGCCCUGAGGCCAUCAUCGUGGUCGGCGAGGGCGCGCAGAUGGGCAUCAACGAGUGCCAGCACCAGUUUCGCUUUGCCCGCUGGAACUGCUCGGCGCUGGGCGAGAGGACGGUCUUCGGGCAGGAGCUCCGAGUAGGAAGCCGAGAAGCGGCCUUCACCUACGCCAUCACCGCGGCCGGCGUGGCGCACGCCGUCACCGCCGCCUGCAGCCAAGGCAACUUGAGCAGCUGCGGCUGCGACCGCGAGAAGCAGGGCUACUACAACCAGGCGGAGGGCUGGAAGUGGGGCGGCUGCUCCGCCGACGUGCGCUACGGCAUCGACUUCUCCAGGCGCUUCGUGGAUGCCCGCGAGAUCAAGAAGAACGCGCGGCGACUCAUGAACCUGCACAACAACGAGGCCGGCCGCAAGGUCCUGGAGGAACGCAUGAAGCUGGAGUGUAAGUGUCACGGCGUGUCGGGCUCGUGCACCACCAAGACGUGCUGGACGACGCUGCCCAAAUUCCGCGAGCUGGGCCACCUGCUCAAGGAGAAGUACAACGCUGCCGUGCAGGUGGAGGUGGUGCGCGCCAGCCGCCUGCGGCAGCCCACCUUCCUGCGCAUCAAGCAGCUGCGCAGCUUCCAGAAGCCCAUGGAGACGGACCUGGUAUACAUCGAGAAGUCGCCCAACUACUGCGAGGAGGACGCGGCCACGGGCAGCGUGGGCACGCAGGGCCGCCUGUGCAACCGCACCUCGCAAGGGGCCGACGGCUGCGACACCAUGUGCUGCGGCCGCGGCUACAACACGCACCAAUACACCAAGGUCUGGCAGUGCAACUGCAAGUUCCACUGGUGCUGUUUCGUCAGGUGCAACACCUGCAGCGAGCGCACCGAGGUCUUCACCUGCAAGUGA